UCUUGCGUUGUCUUUCCUAGGACUCUCGUCAUGUUCUCAAAUGCAGUGCUUCAGAAAAUACUGCUGGUGUUGACAUCUCUUUUAGUCAUUGCCUGGAUAACUUCUAUAAUUUCUCAAAACUCCACAAAGCUUUGGUCUGCUAUAAAUGUACCCAUCAGCUUUUAUCACUGGAACAUCUCCACAAACUGUUCAUGUUCUGAAAUAAAAAUGAGCCCUGUAAACACACCAACAGAAACUGAGCUGAGAAUAAGGAAGAUUCUGAAAACACUAAACCAGCUGAUCCCACCCAUACCCUUCACCCAUGAGGACACCACCACCAGUGCCACACACAGCACAGUCACCCUCCUCAACCCUAGAAACACAUACUGCAGGGGGGACCAGCUAGACAUCCUGCUGGAGGCCAGGGACCACCUGGGACACAGAAAGGAAUAUGGAGGGGACUUUUUGAGGGCCAGGAUGUCCUCCCCAGCCCUGAAGGCAGGCGCCUCAGGAAAGGUGACAGACUUCAACAAUGGCACCUACCUUGUCAGCUUCACUCUGUUCUGGGAGGGCCAGGUCUCUCUGUCUCUCCUGCUUAUCCACCCCAGUGAAGGGGUGUCGGCUCUCUGGAGGGCAAGGAACCAAGGCUAUGAUAAAAUUAUUUUCAAAGGUAAAUUUGUUAAUGGCACCUCCCAAGUCUUCACUGAAUGUGGCCUGACCCUAAACUCUAGCUCUGAACUGUGCACCUACCUGUAUGGGAUAGACCAGGAAGCCUUCUACUGCAAGAAGCCUCAACACAUGCCCUGUGAGGCCCUGACCUAUAUGUCCUCCAGGAACCGAGAAAUUUCUUAUCUUUCAGUCAAGGAAAAAAGCCUUUUCCAUAAGUCCAAAGUGGGAGUUGAAAUGAUGAAAGACCUUAAAAAUAUUGAUGUCUCCCAUUGCAACAAGAGUGAAAAGAGCACAGAGAAAUGCCAAAUUGGAAUGAAGAUUCCUGUCCCUGGUGGAUACACUUUACAAGGAAGGUGGAUAACAACAUUUUGUAACCAGAUUCAACUAGAUACAAAUAACAUCAAUGGCUGCUUGAAAGGAAAAAUCAUUUACCUUCUUGGAGACUCCACAAUAUGUCAGUGGAUCUACUACUUACCCAAAGUUGUAAAAACACUGAAGUUUUUUGAUCUUCAUGAAACCGGAUCUUUUCCAAAGCGUUUGCUUCUGGAUGCGGGAAGACAUAUUCAAAUUCAAUGGAAAAAACAUGGCUUUCCUAUUAUCACUCAUAAUCUCUACUCUGUGACAGAUGAAGCUUACAUCCCUCGAGAAAUUGACCUAAUAUCAGGGGAUAAAAACACAGCCAUUGUCAUUACAUUUGGCCACCACUUCAGACCCUUCCCCAUUGACCUUUUCAUUCGCAGGGCCAUCAGUAUUCGAAAAGCUAUUGAACGACUAUUCCUAAGAAACCCCGACACUAAAGUGAUCAUUAAGACAGAAAAUAUCAGGGAGAUGCACGUAGAAACAGAGUGGUUUGGAGAUUUCCAUGGUUACAUUCAUUAUCUUAUCCUGAAUGACAUUUUCAAAGAUCUCAAUGUGGGUGUCAUUGAUGCCUGGGACAUGACCAUUGCAUAUGGCACCAAUAAUCUCCACCCACCUGAUCAUGUGAUUCGAACUCAGAUUAACAUGUUCUUAAGCUACAUUUGCUAA